AAACAAAAAGCACGACCCUGUAUAAUGUGGCAUACAACACUGGCCUAGUUUAAAAAAAAAAACUUGUCACAAGCAAGACACCACAGGAAGAUCGUGGCCUCGAUGGGGGGAGUGUUUCCCUAUGUCAAUGGUGUUGCCGGGGUACCAAUGUCAGUAUGACUGGAGUAUUCGACCGGAGGAUUCCGAGUGUAAAAACUACAGAUUUCCAGAGCUCCUUUCAACUCUCCACCAUGCACCACCCGUCUCAGGAAUCUCCUACUUUACCCGAGUCCACCACCACGGAUUCUGGCUACUACAGUCCCGCCGGUGGAGUCCCUCACGGCUACUGCUCGCCCAGCUCCACCUCGUACGGGAAGCCUCUCAAUGCCUACCAGUACCAGUACCCGGGUGUAAAUGGAUCCGCUGGAAAUUACUCGACAAAGUCCUACACUGAUUACAGCUCGUACACGACCCCCGCCUACCACCAGUAUGCUGGGACUUACAGCAGAGUGCAAGCCCAGCCGAGUCCACAAGAAAAAGAGAUAAGCGAGCCUGAGGUAAGGAUGGUGAACGGCAAGCCGAAGAAAGUGAGGAAACCCCGGACAAUCUACUCCAGCUUCCAGCUGGCCGCCCUGCAGAGGCGGUUUCAGAACACACAGUAUCUGGCGCUGCCGGAGAGAGCCGAGCUGGCUGCCUCGCUGGGACUCACGCAAACACAGGUCAAAAUUUGGUUCCAGAACAGGAGAUCAAAACUGAAGAAGAUUAUGAAAAACGGAGAGCUUCCACCGGAGCACAGCCCCAGCUCCAGCGACCCCAUGGUGUGCAACUCUCCACAGUCCCCGGCCGUUUGGGACACACAGGGCCCCUCCAGGCCGCACAGCCUGCAGCCACAAAACAUCAACACGACGGCUUCUAACUUUUUGGAAAACUCGGGGUCAUGGUACACCUCAGCCGGCAGCUCAAUGACUGCCCACCUGCAGACCCCUAACUCGAUACAGCACUCGUUGGCUCUUGGAGCGGGGACGUUAUAUUGAAGAAAAAAAAAACCCUGUUGUUCAUUUCAAAUCUUUUUUUCUCCUUCUAUGGGACUCGUGUUCAAAUUUCAGAGGAAUAUGCAAUGUAUUUGA